AUGGAGGAAGAAGAAGCGCCGCCGGAGGGAAGAGACGUCCCGUGUGGCGGAAUGGGAGCAGAGAUGGCGUUCGUGGCCGCGCCCGUGCACGCCUCGACCCCUGGGGGCGACGGAGAGGACGGAGACAGAGAGGAGGAGGAAGAGAGGGAAGUCGAGUAUGGAUCAGGCGGCCUCGAGGGCCAGUCUCUGGGUCACGAACAGGAAGAGGACAUGAUAGACGAAGAGGACCGCGUUCAGACAACCUUUUGCGCCGCCCCCGAAGACGAGGAGAAACUCGAUUUCAGCGUCGACGAGCCUCGGGAUGACGGGAAGCACCACGACGCACACCCCUUGUCAGGCGAAGAGGAAGAAGAGAUAGUGGAGAGUGCGGAAGACACAGCGGAAGACGGUGAAGACCACGGCUCCACGUCUUCCGGGGACGCGCAACAGCUGUCGCAUGCCGAAGAGGCUGCCUCGAAUCAACUUGGAGCUGAGGGCAGGGACGACGGCGCGCCGUCGCGGGGCUCCAAGAGAAAUGCCCGGUCGGGCGCUUUCUCUCGGAGCUCGGCGGUUUCCGCCGAGCGCAUCUCUGCGGCGCUCACGGAGAUUGCCAAUCUGUGCGGGCCGGACAGUGACGAAGAGGGCGAGAUUAGUGAAGACGAAGUCCCCUUCUGCCGGGUGGCCCCCCAAAACCCCUCGUUCCGGUCGCGGACUCUCGAGUUCCUCAAUCUCCCCCCGAACCUCACCCACGUCGCUCUGCAGGAAGCGCUGAGUCGCAUUGGAGAAGUGGACGAGGUGGUCAGCUCCAGGUUUUCCUCCGGGCCCCACCAUGCGAGCCCGCAAGAAGCGGGAGGCCAAGGCGACUCGUCCCGACGAAGAGCCAGCUGGAUCGUCCGCUUCAGACGCCCGGAGGAUGCCGCCGAGGUGAAGAAGAGUUUCGAUGGGAAGGUCUUCGGCAAGUGCACUGUUCAGGUGCUUUUUGCUCGAGACACGCCCCGAAAUGUGCAAAACCGCAGAGACAACAACCUGUUGAAUCCCGACGGAGCUUCUGGAAAAAGGCAGCUCAAAGGUGGGGCCAACGCCGGAAACGUCCAGAACCUGCGCGGUCGCCAGUCCCCUCCACCCCCCGGAGCCCCAGGCGCAGGAGCUGGAGCCCAAGGGCCGGCUGGUGGCGCAGUCGGUGGCUGCAUGCCGCCCGGAGGCCCUGGGGCAGGGGGCGCACCCGUUGGCGUGGGUGGCCUGCCUGCGGGUCCAGGCGUCCGAUCUCCUUUGGGGCCUCCGCCGCCGUUCCCGCCGCGCCCCGGCGGAGGUCAAGGGCCCGGAGGAGUUGUGGGGCCGCCGCUGGGCGGGCCCUUGCCGCCGCCCCUCGUCGGCGGGCCCUUAGGCCCGCCCCGUGCAGGCUUCGGGGGGCCGAUGGGCCUGGGGGGCCCUCCGCCGCCUCCGCCGCCGCCGGCGCCCAUGAUGGGCCGCGGGGGGCAGAGCGGGCCCUGCUGUCCCCCUCCGCCGCCGCCCCAGCAGCCGGGGCCGGGGGGGGUGGCAGAGGGGAGGCCCGGAGGCGGAAAGGCUGUUUUGCGUCCACGCCCAGAUGCAGCAGCCGCGAAGGGACGGGAGGGCGACGGUGUGGGCGCAGGACAGGGCGCAGACGCGAAAGUCAGGUUGACGCCCCGAGAAGGCCCGCCAGGAGACCAAGCAGGCGAAGAGACUCAGGGCGAGGCUGGGAGAGAGACAGGGAAUGCCGGAGGACGACGCUUUUUCGGGGGCGCCGGCAAGGUCGGCGUCGGCGGUGUGACCGGCCCUCGGGAGAGGCUGACAGCGGAGCAAAGACUCGAGCGCCCCGUCUCCCUCUGGAAAGAGAAAAUGACGAUUGAAGAGCAAAUGAAUGAUUACCGAGAGCUCUGGAAAAAAUUUGGCUACACGAAUAGGUAUUUGUUGCUGAGCAACAUUCCGCAGUCGCUUUUGAGCGUCGAGGCCAUGACGGCCUGGCUGCAGACUACCACUGGCGAGUCGGACUUCGACUUGGAGUUCAUCCCUCCGCUGCCCAGUGCUGACGCUGAGAAGGCGGGCGAAGAGCCGCAUGCGUCGGCACCGUCGGGCUGCACUCGGGAGGCCUCGGAAGCAGGAGACGAGGACGGAGACCCCGGCCACGAAGAUGGCGAUCAGGGCGACAGGGGCGAAGACAGAGACGAAAAGGCCACUCCGCAGUCGGACACGGAAGUGAGCGGCGCGCCAGAGGAGAGCGCCGCGCACUCUCAGGAAGUCCGAGAGGACGAAGGGGACGAACGCGACGAGUGCGGAGAAGAUGGACGGACGGACGACCAGGCCGAAGGGGAUGAAAAGUACCACGGAGAGUGUGACGAAGACCGUGGCGAAGGCGAAGAAGAGAAGGACGGCGAGGAAGAGAAGGACGGCGAAGAAGACCAGUCCGGCGGCGAAGCCGCCAGUCCUGCGAGAGACAUCGACGAGCGCGAACUGUCAGGCGACGGCGAGUCGCAGGAAGAGGGCCUUGCUGUGCCCGCUGAGGACGCCGAAGACUCCGGCGGCCUCGCAGGCGUAGCGUCGCCAGACGCAGGGGACGAGGAAGAGCGGAUCCCCGCGGUGGGCCUCGAGACGGGGAUGGAAGUCGAAAAGAGAGAGGAGGACGAAGUGAAGAAGGAAGUCAAGGUCGAGGAAGGCGAAGACAGCGCGACGAAUGCGUUCGAGGCGCUGAAGGCCGAGAAAGACGAGAAACUCGAGGAGACGGAAGUCAAGAUGGAAGUCUCCAGUGCCACAUCACACGGACCGGAAACCGUCGCGCACAUCACGUACAGGACGAAGAAGGCAUGCAUGGCGGCGCAGAAAAAACUCGAAGCGAACGUGUUGGGGAUCGACAUCGAGCCGGCGGGCCCUCGCAAACCCAACAGCGUUCUCUGGCUCGGCAACGUCCGCGAGUUCAUGUGCAAGAAGCCGGAACAAGAUCGCCUGAGGAGCCUGUUUGAACACUUCGGAGAAGUCGUGCGUUUCCGUCUUCUCUCGGAGAAGACGUGCGGUUUCGUUCACUACCGGAGAACGCAGGACGCAGUCAAAGCCCGGAAUCACCUUUACGGUCUUCUUGUGGGGAGGGAAAUCUACCUGAACGUGGAUUUCUCGCCGAUGGAUCCCAACGCGUUGCACGGAGCGACCGGCGACGGGUCUGGAGCCCAAGCAGCGCCAGCGAAUCGAAGAAAUCGCCAUGCUCGCUCUCGCAGUCCGUCGGCCUCAUCUCGCUUCCGCACCGGCUCGUCGCGUCGCCAGGGCGCUGCAGGCGCGAGCGGCGACAGUGUCUCCUUUCCGGCACCCUCUGGAGACCCCCGCCACCUAAAUCCUGCGGGGCAGCCGUUGUCUGGGGGCAUGGGCCAGGGAGGCGUGCAUCCGCCUUCGCCGGCUUCGGGAGCGGGCGGGCCCCCUGGGGCCUGCCGGGGCCCGCAGUUCCAGGGCCUCAGGCCGAUGGACGGGCCCCCGGGGCCUCCGGGCCCGUCCGCGGGCGGGCCCAACGGCCCUUCGUCCAUUCCGCCGCCCCCGGGAUGCCCGUGGGGCGGAGGCGGGUCGGGUCAGAGUUCGAAGCGCUCGGGCGCGAACGCAGGGCUGCAGGGGGUCCAGAGCGAGGGCUUUCCUGGAAACGCGCCUUUCCCGCCUUCGCGUCAUCCGCUUCCGCCGCCUCCGGGUUCGCCGUAUAACAUGCCUGGAAAUGCAGGCCCCGGUUUGCUGGCGCCUGGACCCGGCGGGGGCGGAAUGGGCCGACACAACGCGGGCUCGGCUCUGCAUUUCGGAAGCGGGUGGACCCAGGCGGAGGGGCCGAUGGCGUCGAGUCACCGGCGGCAAGAGGGGAAAGGCGUGCUGUCGGAGGGACCCGGCGGCGGGGUCUCUGUGGGCCCCGGGCACCGUGGAGGCCGGCGCGCGCGAGGGCUCUCGGGCUUCCCAGGGAACCUCCCGGGCGCGGGGCACGUGGCCCCCGGGGAGGCGGGCCCGGAGGGUCUCCUUGGGCAGAUGUGGAGAGAGGGCGAGAAAGGCCGAGGGCGGGAGAGAAGACGGAAGGGCGACAGGGGACCAGGAGAGGAGGACGGCAGCAGCAGCGAGAGCGAGCGGGAGGACGGUGACCGCAGCGGUGGAAAGCGGCGCAGAGACUCCGGCGACCGCGGUAGAAAACUCCGGAAGGAUGAGAGGCGCGGCGAGAGAGACAAGGGCGAGGACUCGCUGCUCGGCCUCAUACGCGAGCGCUUGCGAGAGCGGGCAGCAGGCGCGGCUGGGGGCGGGGGUUUCGGCCGCGGGCACCCAGACGAAGAAGGCGGGAGCAGUGGGACGCAGCCGCCGUCGGCAGGGCGGAAGGAUGGGUCUUCGGAUCCGCUGAUGGACCUCCUUCGCGGAGAUCCGAGUCUGUUGGACUCCAUGAUUCUCGACCUGGCGAAGGAGCGGCUGAAGGCGGAAUUGUUUUCGAAGGGUGACGCUGCGUCGGCGGCAGGCCCGCACGCAGCCCGGGCCUCUCGCGACGCUGGAAACAAGCUCGGCGACCCCGGCAUGGCUUCUCCGGAGAAGGACGGAGGGUGGAAGGGACUAGCUGGGAAGGCUGACGACCGAGAGAGACAGGCAUUGAGUUUGGGUCCGUCUGACGGGGGCGCAGACGGAAGAAGGCGCUCCCACGAGCGGAGUGAUGAGGAUCUGCGUGUGGCGCAUCGUGAUGGCAGCAACGAUGAACGGGGGAAAGGCAGGCCGCAUUUAGAAGACCCAGACGACGGUCGCCGCGGAGGGGCUCGAGGUAGAGGAUGUGGGGUCGAAAGCCGACUAGGACGAACAGCUGGUAGCUACAUGAACGGGGAGUCGGAAGAAGCGACGAGUCUCCACGGUCGAGAGAGAAGAAACUCCAGGGACAGAGGACGAGACCGAGAUCGAGGGCCAGGCUCUUCUCUCGACCUCCCGCCCUACCCAGGCGGCAACGGCGGACCCGACGGAGAGGCGGAUCGAGGACGAGGACGAGACAAACGAGGGCGCAGCAGAUACCCACGAGUCGGAGACACAGUGAGCAGCCGCAGCCGGAGUCGGAGCCGAGGAAGCGACAUGGCCGAGAGAGGCUACUACCCGUCCAAUCGGUUUGACGAAGGUCUUUUAGGGCGUGGAGACAUGGGAGGCAGACGAGGAGGGGGGGCCGUAGACUCUAGGGGAGGCGGGGACUCAGUCUAUCACCAUUCUAUGCAAGGCCGACGUCUUGGACCGGCUGCAGACGCAGGCUAUGGGAUGAUGGCCGGCAUGCCUGACCUGCGCAUGCGGAGCGGCGGCCCGGGCUCUUCCCGCGGGGGGCUCCUGCUGGCGGAACGCGACCGGUCCCCGUUUGGGCCAAACAAGCGACAGCGGAGAUUCUACGACGAGUACGGGUACCGCGGGGGCGACAGGAACGCCCGGGGAGCGUCGCCCGAGCCGGCGGCCAUCAUGGGCCGAGGCAGGCGAUCGCCCCCGUUUUACUCGGGACGGGCCUUUGGCCUCGACGAGCCCCGCGGGCCGGGCGACCACGCCGUCGGGGCGAGCGGUUCCGCCCGGGGCGGUUCCGGAGACGGCAGGGCUCUGGGCGAGGACGAGAGAGAAGGCCCGAAAGGGCUGAUGCGCAUGGGAGGCCUCAGCCAAGGCGCGGCGUUCGAGGGCGACGGCCAAACGCCGCAGGUCCUGCCGGGAGGUCGUGGCAGAAGAAGUUUCAACGACCGACAGCGAGACGCCCGGCGCAGCCGCAGCCGAGGCAGCCUGGACGAGGGCGAAGCUGGAGAACGGCCGAACGCGGGAAAAGCGAGUCGCGGGGAGCCCGGCGGCGCAGAGGAGGAAGCGGGGCAGUUGCUCAUGGUUUGCAGGGUCCUCAAACAAGGACAGCGGCUGUGCAACAUGUCGGCGAAAUUCGUCCGCGGUGACCCGAAUAUUCGACCACCCGGCGUGCUGGACGUGAACCAGCGCGCGAACCUGGACCGUCUCCAGACGCACCUGCGCAGGGGCCGCCACCAGAGCGGCGCGGCUCCACACGGUUCCGGCGACGGCUCCAUUCGAUACUCGAUUUGGCAGUUAGGCGCCGACACGCGGCAAGACAGUCGCCAGUAUGACGAACUUUGCGACUACUUCAUCAACAAGGAGCGCGUGGGACUCCUCGAGAGCCCGAGUCAAGCGAUCUACAUGGUUCCGCCGAAUCCAAAGUACAUCAAACCUCUGGACCUGCCCGACGCCAAUUUCAUGUACGCAUACGUCAUUGCCAAGUGA